AAAAUCUCAAAAAAAUUCAAUCCUGAGAUUUGUUGAUUUCAAAACAACUCUUUAUAAUUUUUAUAGAUUCUACUGUUUCAACAACAACACAUGAUAUUGAUCGUUUUGAAACACCAUCAUUAAGACCUCGAAGACGUGAUCGUGAUUACACUGAAAAAAAAAUUGGUACGACACCGAACCCAAAAGGGUGUUUUGGACUAAAAAAAAGAUUUCGUACAUAG